AUGGGUAGCCGCCUGGAUAAGAAUUCCAAAUCUGUUCGAAAGCGCAUCGAAUCGCACACUUUCCAAGGCGAAGGUGGUGAUGAAUAUGAAGGAUCAAAAUUUGGAGGCUUCUCCGAUUAUUUCCGACGCAAGAAACUUAAGUUGCAAAAUCUUGAUGUAGAGGUUCGUUCCACAUCGACCGGAAACCCCAAUAUCUUUCGUGGCAUUGUAGCACAUGUCAACGGAUAUACACAACCUUCCUUGAAUGAUCUUCAUCACUUAAUAGUCAGUCAUGGAGGUGGUUUCAUGCAAUACUUGGAUGGGAAAACCACUGUUACUCAUAUUAUCGCAUCAACUCUCACCCCUAAGAAAGCCAUUGAGUUUAAACGAUAUCGAAUCGUGAAGCCGGCUUGGAUAGUAGAUAGUGUGAAGGCUGGAAAAUGUCUUCCUUGGGAUUCUUAUCGCGUUCUGGAUGAGGGUGUUGGUCAACGAUUACUAGGAUUUAGUGGUGGUAAAGUUGUUAGUCAAUCAACCACCCCGCAAAGAGGAUAUCGCGAUCAAACAAAUGCAAGCUGGUAUACGAGUCAGGUCAAAAAUGUCGCCAAGGAUAUUAACGACGAUGAUGGGCCUCAGUUUCCGAGCUCGCAGGUGCAAAAGAUCAUGUCGCACAAUACUGGUGUCUUCGCGCCAUCACCUGCCGACCAAUUGAUAGAAAGCAUCGAGGAAGUCGACCAGAUACCGGUUGGAAACCCUAUGAGCUCAGCUGCAAGCUUUGAAGUCACAUCUUCCUUAGAAGAAGCAUUGAAACACGCCGCCGGCGUUACUACUCGCAAAGCAGCCUUGAAUUCUAUCAAAAGAGCCGAGGAUACUUUUCUUAUGAAAAAGUCUCUCUCUGCCUCCCCUGCUCCCCAAGUCUCAUCAAGUCCAACUGAGAUCACUCCUACCAAACCAAAAGUUAUUCUCAACACCCGAAAGAGUUCUCACAACGAAGCUACGCCGCGUCCAGUUGAACAUGCGCCUACUGAACGACAAUUAUUCACGAACAUGAAGAAGAGAUCACAUGAUGAAGAGACAGCCAGACCCCCUAAAAAGGCGAAGGUUGUGACAGCAGAGGAACAUAACGCAAUUUUACUGGCAGAUCCUCAUACGCGAAAAUCUACCACCGCAAACCCAGACUUCAUCAAACAAUACUACUCCGAGUCUCGACUACAUCACUUGUCCACCUGGAAAGCAGAUCUUAAAUCAAAGUUUCAGCAAAUGGCGUCGGAAAAGUCUGCUUCUCAGAGGCAAUUAGCGAAGACGAAACCUGGCUCGCGAAGAUAUAUCAUGCAUGUAGAUUUUGAUAGUUUCUUUUGUGCAGUGUCUCUCAAGAGUGCACCGGAAUAUAUCGAUGUACCUGCAGUUGUCGCUCAUGGAAGUGGAACGGGAUCUGAAAUUGCUAGUUGUAAUUAUCCAGCUCGGGCAUUUGGCGUCAAAAAUGGGAUGUGGAUGAAGAAUGCGAUAAAACUGUGUCCUGACAUCAAAGUCUUGCCAUACGAUUUUCCCGCCUACGAAGAAGCUAGUAAGGCAUUCUACGAAGCCAUUCUGGAUGUUGGUGGCAUCGUACAAAGUGUCAGUGUUGAUGAAGCACUUGUUGAUAUUAGUUCUUUGUGCUUACAAGCUGCUGGAACUGACGGGGUUGAAAUUCGAGAAGGUAGUAUUCGGAGAGAACAGGAGAAAGCUGAUGUGAUUGGACACGCACUCCGGGAACUUAUCAAGGAGAAGACGGGUUGUAAUGUAUCUGUUGGAAUCGGAGGAAAUAUCUUACUCGCGAAAGUUGCCCUUCGAAAAGCUAAACCGGCUGGCCAGCAUCAGAUCAAACCUGAAGAAGUUUUGGACUUCGUAGGUGAUCUCGGUGUACAGAAUCUUCCCGGUGUUGCCUACAGUAUUGGUGGAAAGCUGGAAGACAUUGGUGUGAAGUAUGUGAAAGAUGUGCGACAACUAUCCAAGGAUCGCCUGAUGACCGUGCUAGGACCCAAAACGGGAGAAAAGAUAUGGGACUAUUCUAGGGGCAUCGACAAAUCAGAGGUUGGAGAGCAAGUUAUUCGAAAAUCUGUCUCGGCCGAAGUAAAUUGGGGUAUCCGUUUCAUUUCACAGACCGAAGCUGAAGAAUUUGUUCAAAAUCUAUGCAUUGAAUUACAGCGUCGACUACUCGAGCAAAGAGUAAAGGGAAGGCAAAUAACCAUGAAAAUAAUGAGGAAAGCUGCCGAUGCACCCCUUGACCCACCCAAAUUCCUUGGCCAUGGUAAUUGCGAUACUUUCAACAAGAGCAUAGUCCUUGGAGUGGCUACGAAUGACGCCGAGAUCAUUGGACGAGAAGCAAUUUCAGUUCUCCGAGGUUAUGGCUUUUCUCCUGGAGAGCUACGUGGACUUGGUGUCCAAAUGACCAAACUUGAACCUCACAAGUUAACGAGUGGUGCAUUAUUUGAUGGAAGUCAAAGAAAGAUUAAAUUUGGCGUUCCUGUGACGUCAAAGUCAACCAAGCAAACCGUCGAGGAUUCCAUUGUUGAUGAUCCGGAGACUCCAACGAAGCGAAGAACAACUCCACAUACACUCUCUGCGAAGCGCCUUUCGGAAGAUAUCAUUGACUCCGUGAUACCAACGAAACCGAAAUCAAUCGCGAAAUCAAUAUCAACUGAAGAUCCUAUUGAUGAAAGUAGCCCGAUGAAAGCCAAACCAACUCCAGCUCAUCCGGCAACUUUCAUUGCAAGAACCAAUGCUGGUGACCAGAGUGCUAGGAAGCUCAACUUGACUGGGACUCAAUUCAUUAUACCGUCUCAAAUCGACCCUGAAGUUUUAAAAGAACUCCCUCAAGAUAUCAGAUCCAGAUUAAUGGCUCAGAGUAAGAGUCUACCCGUCUCAAGGGAACAAACACCUAUCACAGCCUUGAAAGAAUCACAAUCCGAGAGCCCAGCGAAACCUAAACCCUUCCAUAUGCCUUCACAACUCGAUCCCGAUGUGUUCGACGCACUACCCGAAGAAAUGAAGGCAGAAAUCUUAGCAAAUUACAAACCACAAGUGGUCAACUCUGCUCCAGGCGUGCAGAGUGUUCUCCCGCAGUCACCUCGCAAGAACAGAACCAUCACUGGCAAAAAGCCUCCAACACCUAUCAAGAAACGCGGACGUGGACGACCUCCUGGACCUAGGAUCAAACCCGAACCACCCAGUGGUCCACUCCAAUCAAAGUUCGUCUCGAAUCCUCGCGCACGAGAAGACUCCAUUGACCACACUCAAGAUGCCGAAAUCCUUGACCCUGAAUUCCUCGCCGCAUUACCAGACGACAUGCGCGAAGAGAUCAUUGCCGAACAUCGACGAAAACGCCUACAAAAACGCGGCGGUCUCAUGACAUCCACUGUUAAGAAAGUAAAGAAACCAGAUACACCACCACUAGGACCACGGCGAAUUCGCCUCCCUCCCAAACCUAUCAAACCCACAUUCACAACGCAGGAAUUAAGCACGCUAGAAGAGCUGCGGGAGACGCUCACAAUUUGGUAUCGGGAAUUUGAGCGUGAAGGUCCGCAUCCGGAUGAUGUAGCUGCUAUGGAGAGAUAUUUGAAGAGAGUUAUUCUGGAUGAGAGGGAUAUGGCAAAAGUGGUGGGGAUUGUGAAGUGGUUGGAGUGGUUGAUGGAUGAUAGUGAAUUUGUGGGGAAGGGAAAGAAACUUUGGGAGAAAGCUUAUGGGGAUGUAAUAGGUAAGGUUCAGGAAGCGGUUAAGGAAAGAGGACUCGGUAGACUGAAUAUCUAG